AUGCUGGGAGGCCUGGGGAAACUUGCUGCUGAGGGCCUGGCCCACCGCACUGAGAAAGCCACUGAGGAAGCUGUUCACGCCGUGGAGGGGGUGGUCAAGGAGGUGGUGGAACACGCCAAAGAAGCUGGAGAGAAAGCCAUUGCCGAUGCCUUAAAGAAGGCCCAAGAUACAGGGGACAAGGUGGUGAAGGAAGUCACUGAGACGGUGACCAACACAGUCACAAAUGCUGUCACCCAUGCAGCGGAAGGCCUGGGCAAACUGGGACAGUGAGCACAUCCACCUCUGAAUCUCAAUAAAAAGCUGU